UGUGGACCCUGAAUUGAUUGGACGACUUCGCGCUGGCAACAUGUCGUGGCAGAGAACGGCGGAAUAGGAUAGCCGACCUAUUUGAUCGCUCCUCGUCAAUCGUUACCUUCCAACUGAUUAGUCUUUUGCAUUCGUUUCGCUUCAAUGUACAUAUCAAGCUUGUAAACAAUAUACACUAUUCGUUUCCCGACAAUGGCACACAAUUUGGACUCGUUUACACAGUUGGGAGGCAGAGCAUUCAAUCACGACGCAAACAGAGACUCCGAACAAGAAUAUGACCGACUUCGAGACCUUGCGCGACGAGAGUUCGAUAGAGAAAACCAACUGCGACGCGACGCCCGGGAAGCGGGACAGCGACGCGACUAUGGAGAGAAGGACCGACUACAUCGGCAGGCCGAUGAUCACGAGAAGAAGGGACAGCAAUAUAAUAAACAAGCGUCGGAGUUUAUAUUCCGGGAGAACAACGCGCCGGGAAGAGUACAAGGGGACGAGAUAGAUCUGCAUGGUCAAUACGUGCAGGAAGCGGAGCAGAUCUUGCGGGAACGCAUUUCGGUCGACCGACGGCGGAAUCAAACCCAUCUGCAUGUCAUUGUUGGGAAAGGGAAUCACUCUACUGGCCACAUACCAAAGCUGAGGCAGGCUGUAGAAGAAUUGCUUCGAGAAGAGGGACUCCAAUUCCAAGUUGAACAGAACCAAGGGCGGCUUUAUGUUAAUCUGGCAGGUGGACCAGCCAUCUUGCCUCAACCUGGCCAUCCAGGGGCCAGUAGUGGACACGGGCAUGCACAAGGAGGGCACCAGCAGCAACAUGUUCAACAUUCUCAACAUCAUGGCCAAGCACAAGCAGGAUAUCAGCAACCACAUGCUCAACAACAUCAUGGGCAGGCCCACCAGCAGCAACAGUACAGUCAUGUUGAGGAAGCAGUGAAAAAGGGGGGUCCGAAGCUUUUCAAAGCUCUUCGUGGAUGUUGUGUGGUGAUGUGAUGGUUAUGAAGUCACAAGACGAGUUUCACGGAUGUUUAUGCAAGGGACUGGACAGGAUCAUCGGGUUGCUGUCCGUAUACAGCGCUGCAGGAGGCACUUACGUUCCAUAAAUGUAUCAAAGUCCUCAGCCAAAGAGCGCUUUCUGUGUGUCAUACGUAUACUUCAGAUCAAGGUGCCAAUAGUUGGCCGUCGUCGCUUUGUUGAUCAGCCAUGCCUCAUCAAGGGCCUUGACCACUUCCUCUGGCAGAGGGCCUUUCUCGAGGUCGGCCAGGUUGCCUUUCAAUUGGUUGAUGCUACUCACGCCGAUAAUGAUGCCAUCAUUUCCGUCCUUGA